UCAGAGCAGACCUCCUCUCAGACAGCUGAGAAGCGUCCACACCAAACUGCAGUCAGAUAUCUGUGGAUUUAAGGUCGGCCGGGUGGAGGAUGGACUGGCCGGUGUCGAGUCAGCCUCAGUCCGCUGCGGUUUCCUCGGAUGCAGCUGAGUGGGCGUCUGGGAUCUGCGACUGCUGCCAAGACAUGAAGCAAUGCUGCUUCGCGUUCUGGUGUUUUCCCUGCUUCGCCUGUAAAACCUCUAAAGACUUCGACCAGUGUCUCUGUCUCCCCCUGCUGGACAUAUGUGGUGGUUGCGUCUUUCCGGCCUCCAUGUCCAUGAGGACAUACGUCCGUCUGCGCUACGGCAUCAAAGGAACCUUGUGCAACGACUGUGUGUGCUCCACCUUCUGUCUGCCCUGUGUCUGGUGUCAGAUGGCCACGGAGAGGAAGAAGAGAGAGAUUCCCACGGUGCUCGGUGACAUCAUCUCCCGCUGGUGACGCUGUUACAGCAAAACAAUAAUAUUCUGUUAUUUGUUUACGACUAACCGCACCUUCUAAUCUUAUUCUUUUUAUGUUGAUCAGAUAUUCAUUUCAUUCACUUUGCUCUGUAGGUAUUAUUAAAUAUUUAAUUAACCUCUUUUUAUUAUAGUUUUACUAUUAAACGUAUUUUGCUUCAAGCUGAAUCCAACGUUCAAUAACCUGAAACAGCUUUUCACUAUUUCCAUCAUAGACUGUAUAAAUAUGGAGCAAGUAGAGCUCCCCCUGGUGGCUGGAGGCUGCAGUAUAGUGCAUAGGCUCCACCCCCUCCAUGCUAGUGGGCGGGACUUGAUCCAAACGCUAAAAUAUAUGACAAAUCAAGUUUUUCAAGAACGGUUUCAGUAAUUUUAGGUAUUUAAUAUAAUGUUCAUGGAUGAUGAAGUGUUAUUAUUUUGGAUGCGUUUCGUUUUAGUUCAUUAUUUGAUGUGAUGUGACAGGAUGGGACAUAAUGGCGACCACCAGUUGCCAUGCCAACAGCUCCAUAAAGAGGUGUGAGUUGUAAAACCAAUUUUUAAACAUAAGUUUAGUGUAUAAUCCAACAUAUCCUCGUAGCUGGUGGAGGUGGAGCAGAGCGUAGUA